AUCACAUUCAUCAUCUCAGUCUGGACGACGACCUCCUUCAUUCCUGCUAGUCAUACUCCUGAAUUGAGACACCGUCGUCGUGGGCUCUGAAUUUAAAGAAGUCCUCGACAUGGGUCAAGGUUUUUCCUGGCGUUCGACGGAGGAGGCACCGAAAGGAGAGAUAGAUCCCCCGACAGCGCGCGAGUAUGAGGCCGGCAAGAGCCCGAUAUUCGAGACUACACGAGAGAUCAAGGACAGCAACGUCUACCAUUCCGAUGGCCCGCAGAACGUCACAAACAUUACAACAAACAACUAUCAUCCACCUCAGCCAGUAGCGACUUCCAGCAACCACGGAGCGCCAGUCUCCGAUGCUGAACUGCUAAAGUGGCUAACGUCCAAAGCAAAGAUCAACUUCAGGGCUAUUCACAACGACGUUAAAAGAAACCGGUGCAAAGGCACGGGGAGAUGGCUCCUCGAUAUGCGGCUGUAUAAGGAAUGGAAAUCGACGCCUGCGGCCAUUCUUUGGGGGAUGGGUAUAUAAAUCAUGUUUAUUGUCCUAAUAGGGUUAGACGGACAUCUCCGUUCGUAGUUAUAUCCUAAUGGUCUAUGGGCCCCUAUGCCCUCUAUAUGCGUUUGGA